AUGGCUACUGCCACUAGUAGUUCUAAGCAACCAGUUUGUGUUCCUGAUAGUGUGACUGAAGAUAAGGUUGUACAUUGGAAAAUACAUCGUCGACAACUCGUUAACCCAUCAGUUUCUAUCUGCGAACUUGUUGAUGACGCGUCUGGUAAGAUAGACAUUAGAGCUCCUGGUUAUGGUUGGGUAACCAAGAUGAAAGAUGAAGGUGCCGUAGUUGUUCCUGGAUGUGUUCUAUUCAACUUCCUACCAUGCACACAUCACGUUGUAAUGAAAGACUUGUGUGCGGAAUGCGGUGCCAAUUUGCGUAGAGAAGGAGGGAUAUCAGGUGAACGGAUUACUGAUGCUAGUGCUAGUAUACCAAUGGUGCAUGCAAUCCCAGAACUUCAUGUCAGUGAAACAGUUGCAGAUGAAAUCGCUUUACAGGAUCAACAAAGUUUAUUGGCUGCUCGAAAACUUGUUUUACUGGUUGAUCUUGAUCAGACAAUAAUACAUACAACUAAUGAUCCAAAAGCUUUUAAAUAUAAAGAUGUACAUCGAUAUCGUUUGCCAGGAUCACCACUUGUUUAUCAUACACGAUUAAGACCUCAUUUAGAAAAAGUGUUAGAUUGUCUUAGUCAGUAUUAUCAAAUGCAUAUCUGCACUUUUGGUAACCGUGUCUAUGCACAUCAACUUGCUUCAAUGAUUGAUCCAAAACGUAGGUAUUUUUCACAACGUAUCCUAUCACGGGAUGAAUGUUUUAAUCCAGUUACAAAGUCAGCAAAUUUAAAAGCAUUAUUUCCUCGUGGCCUCAACCUAGUAUGUAUUAUUGAUGAUCGCGGUGAAGUAUGGGAUUGGUCUUCCAAUUUAAUUCAUGUUAAACCAUAUCGCUUUUUUCCAGAUAUUGGAGAUAUUAAUGCUUUUCCAUGGUCAUCACAACCAUCAUCAUCUUCAAUCCUUACUUCGUCAUCUUCUGGUAGUUUUAUAUCGACUUCAACAAAGGUCACAGAAUCCUCCUCCUCACCGUUAUCGAAUUGUUCAAAUGUUCAACUGAUCGAUAAACCUGAUCAAAAUAUGAAUUCACAGGUUAGUGAAGUUAAUGAGAAUAUUUUAUCACACGAUGUGGAAGCAAAGUCAAAUAACAAGGAUAAUAUUACAACUGCUAUCAGCAAUAAUGAAAAACCGGUUCUCUGUACACUGGAUAAGACUAAUGAUGAUGCUUCUGUUACUACUACUGAUAAUAAUGAUAUUGAAUUUUGUCAAACUCAAUCAACUAGUGCAAAUGUCACACUAAACUUAUCCAAAUCAACUGAUAAUAUUGGAGACCAUAUAGACGAUAAUUUCACCUCAACUACCGUUGUUGUUGAUGAUGAUCAUGACAAGAAUGAUAAUAAUAAUGAUCAUGAUUCAUUAUCGACAAUAAAAGAGAUAGAAAUAGAAAUAGACGCUGCAGAUGAUGAUUAUUUAUUACGUUUACAAGAGAUUCUAUUGAGAAUUCAUCGAAAUUAUUUUAAAACUUAUGAUCUAUGGCAAACUGGUCAUUAUAAUCGUCAUAAAACAACAUUGAUGACAAAAUCACUAGAGAAUAAACACAGUGACCAUUCAAUAAACUCAUCCAUUGUGAAUAAUUCACGUAAAAAUGUCUGCCUAACAAAUCGGACUGGAAAUACAGAUGUUAUAUCCACAUAUUUACCGCACGUUUCUGAUAUUAUAGCCAAAUUAAGAAAAACUGUACUUGGUCCUAACUGUCAUAUCACAUUGUCUGGGUUAUCACCUGCACAUUUUCCUGCUGAUCGGUGCUUAGCUGGUCGAAUUGUACGCAGUUUAGGUGGUAUAUUGCAUGCAAGCUUAAGACUACCGUCAAUAUGCAAUCAGUCAAAUGGUAAUGAUGAUAAGAAUGGUGAUAAUAUGACAUCUGUGCCAGUUAACAAGUUGGAGCUAAAGUCCGAAUCACAUGGUAUUGUGCAUAGUGUUUCUACUCACUAUACAACACAUUUAAUUGCUUGUCGUAGAGGAACAGAAAAAGUACAUGCUGCAUUAAAAUAUCUUACAAUAGAUAGUAAUAAUCUUCAAUUAAACAAUAAUUCAUCUUCACAUUCACUUCAUCUUGUUUCACCGCAAUGGUUAUGGUCUUGUCAUUAUCAUUGGGAUCAUGUAUGUGAAUCAAAGUAUCCAUUAGAUCGUGAUUUUCAUCCAAGUGAUUUUGAUCCGGAUAUUGAACCGAUUCCAGGUACAAUUCGAUAUGCAAAACGUAUGCGACGGCACUAUUAUCAUCACCAUCAUUCCCAUAUUAAUCCUUCUGAUGGACUUCAUCAUCAUUCUACGCAUAAUGAUAAUCGUCCACGUCAUCAUCGCCACGGUCAUAGUCGUCAUCACCACCAUCGUCAUUCUCAACAUCAUACUCAUCUUCAAGAUAAACAUUAUCAUAAGCAUUCACAUAAACAUCAUCGAUUAUCUAUGGAAUUAGAACCGUCUUCUGAUAUGAGUGAUGACAUUGAACAGAAAAUACCUCGUCUAGAUCCAAGUGUAGUCCGAUCCGCUUUAGAUUCUAUUCGUACAGAACGAGAAAACGAUCGAAAACGUAAAUUGAGAAAGAAAUCAAAAACUAAGAGACAUUAUAAACGACACCGUCGAGAUUUAUCUCAUCAUGAAAACGCAAAAGUGAAGAAUAUUUCAUUAAUUGAUAAUGUAACUAUAAAUGAUCAGGGUGGAAUAAUGUCCGGAAAUGAAAGUUCUUCAUCUUCUUCGUCAUCACCAUCAUUGAAAUCUGAUUCCUCUAUAGAAUCAGAUCUUGAUCAUCAUGAGAGACAACCAAAUAAUUCAUCAUCAUCAUCCACAGAAAAUUCAAAAUUAGCAUGUUUAUUUGAUGAAUCAUUAUGCGAUCAUAGUGAAAUUUGUCAAAAUAAUAGUAUUAUAAAUUGUGAUCUAUGUAAAUCAACUUCAUCAUUAUUAUGUAAUUCUGACAAGUUACUAAUGAAAAGUCCAGUAGUAGUUGAUCAUUAUGUGACAGAAAUUAAAGAUGAAGGAGAUCAAGAUUUCAAUGAAUAUACAACAACAAGAAAUCUCAUAGAAUUAAACGAUGAUGAAGAAGAGAGAGAAGGUACAGGAAACACAGAACAGUUCAAUGGGGAUGACGAAGAUGUUAAUGACGGUGAUGGUGAAGAGGAUGAGCAUUCCGAUUUAACCAAUGAACAAAUUGAAGGAGAAGAAGAAGUUAAAGCUCAACUCAGUGACUUUUUACCACCUCCAACAACUUUAGUAUUGGCAGAUAAUCCUUUGAUGCACUUACCUCCAGAUGCAACUGGUAAAAUGCUCGCUGAAAUUGAAGAUGCUGUUCUUGAAGAAGUAACUGAAAGAGCUACAUCAGUUCCUCGAGAAGCUGAAAUCUAUGAUCCAGCUAUAGAUAAUUUUAAUGAUUCUUCAUCAACAGAUUCUUCAUCAGACAAUCAAACAUCUGUUAUUGAAUUAACUAAAUUUCAUAAAUCUCAUAAUACAACUAAUGAAUUAAUUAAAAAUCCAAUGGAAUGUGAUCGUAGAACAUUAAAUUGGCAGGUACAAAGGGAAUUACUAGUACGUAGACGUCAUCGUGCAUCUCCUGUAGAAACUACAAAAAUUGACCGUGAAAUUCGCCGUUUAGAUCAACGUUUCCGUAGGGAAAGUCGACGUCGACGUUCAUGCGAUGAUUUAAUGUUUGGAUCAAUGAAAUCAAUUAACAGUGAUAAUGAUAAUUUUUUUAAUGAAUCGGACAGCGAUUGUGAUUCAUACGAUGCUGAUUAUCCAAAAACAGAUGCUUUGGAUGUUGUUAAGUUCUGGAAGCUAGAAAGGUUGGGCCCUGACGAGCACAUUGACAAAGUUCCUAAACAUCGCUUUUCAAGUCAUAAACGUUGGCUUAUUGGUUCACAUCAUCAUAAAUGUAGUCGUUUAUCUGUCUCUCCAGCAAUACACUCUGAUCCUGAACCGAAUACUAAUUGGUGGAUACAAGAUACAGAAGAUGCAGAAAAUAAAGAAUGGAACACUUGCCCUGAAGGUUAUGAUUAUGCUGAUGCUGAACGUACUCGAGAAAUACUGUAUGAUUCUCGACGUGAUAGAUAUGAAUCAUGUAAAUAUGAAAAUAAUAUAGCUUAUCAAAAAAGAGGUCAUGGUAAUUUAACACGAUGUCUAUUUGGUGCCGAUGAUAGUCCAGAAGAUAUAAAUCAAUCCAGUGCAGAUGAUGAAGAUGUAAUAGGUCCAGUCUCUGAUGUAUCAAUUGGUGAAGAUUCCGGUGACCUAGAAAAUGAUGAAGAUGAUGACGAAGAAGAGGAAGAUGAAGAUCUAACUGAUGAACGAUGGGAUCCAUUAAGAGAGUUUAUGUAAUAGCUUUAUUCAUUAUAUUUUGUUAUUGUUUAUGAAAUUGUACAUAUAUCUAUCACUUGUUCUCUUUAUAUUAUCAAUUUCUACUUUUGUAGUGUAUGUUUAUAGAGAGAGUGAUAUUGAUUAUCUUGUUACACCUUUUAAUCAUUCUUUACUAAUCAUAAUUAUUUUUAAACAUACAAUUUUAAUGUUUCUUCUUUUUUUAAGAAAAACACAAAGUUACUAUGAAAAGACACAAGAAAAAAAUCACAUC